GACCGAGAAUCGAUCUUGAGACCCGCAUCCACAAUUAUCAUUUGCAGUGCCAUUUGAUUGGUACUAUUUCAAUUUGGAAAUGGGUCGGACCAACUAUUGGAUCCGUAUUGGCCCAAUCAACACCAAUAUAAGAAACAGCAUAACCAUCUUCCUCGCAAACAUUUUGACUUAGCCGCAGGAACGAAACUUCUAGCAAUGGGUUACGUGCAGGAAGCACGUGAGAAUCACGUCAAGAAGAAAGUUGAAGAAGCUUUAAGGAGCAAAAUGAAGCAAAAGGCACUAAAAGAAUGUGACCAUUACACUUCGAAAUAUGCGCAAUGUGCUGCUGGGAAGACUAUUUCUAUUGUAUGGCAAUGUCGCAAACAAGCUAAAGAAUUAAAUGAAUGUCUUCAUCAAUUCUUUCUCUUGGGACAAUAUUUCGAUUUUUUGCCUGAUGUUGUAAUUGUGAGAAAGGCUGUGAUCUACUUUCGAACUUUGAAAGAACUCAUUUCUUACGUAUUCUAUUAUGGCAGCACCAAUGAUGCUGUCUUGGAAGAAAUGAAGAGAGAAUACAUGCUUCAGGAAAAUCAUAAGUGA